CACAUACACUCAUACACACACUCACACACUCAUACACACACACUCAUACACUCAUACACACACACUCAUACACUCACACACACACACACUCAUACACACACACACACACACACACACACACAGGAUGGCGCACUGGACACAACAUGAGAAGGAUCUGGAGCAGGAGGUGAAGAAGCUCAUUGUGCACCUGACUGGGAUUGAGGAUGAGGAGGAGGAUGAAGAGGACCAGAACUUUCAGAUGGCUCUCAAAUUCGCCUGGUCCAAUUUCAGGUUUCACCGGUUCCUGGACGUCAGCAGUCACAAAGUGCAGCGCUCCAUAAAAGGGGUUUAUGAGAAGCUGAUGAUACACUCUGAUGUGUGUAAAGCUGAGAGCUGGAUGAGAUUAACCAGCGAGUUCCUGAGUUCUCCUCUCCCUCACACUGAGGGCUGCAUGACUGAUGUCCAUCACAGUAUUUUGUUCUUGUUGCUCCUUUUAUCCGAUUCUCCGUCCAACACGAGCUACACCGAGCGUCCUCGGCUGAGAGAAGCGGAGAAGGAGGACAAGAUCGACUGGGCGAAGUAUCUAAUGGAAGGAGAAGAUGUGGACACAGGGCCGUUUCCGGACACUCCGGAGUGGUCCGAAGACGAGAGCGAGGAGGAAGAGAGUCAGCAGCUUAUCAGCAGAGAGGAUUCUGGGAUCCAGGUGGACAAAACGCCGCAGGAAGAUCAGCAGCAGAACGAUAAGAUGGUGCAGGUCACCUGGGCAGUAGGAGAACCGGACUCCAGGGCGUGGCUGGAGCGCCACGUGGUGACGCCGUACUGGGUUCCUCACUCGUCACGCUUCCCUCACAGCCUCCACCUGCACUCCAACCUGCUGAAUGUCUGGGAUCAGCAUCUCUACAACACGGACCCGCUCUAUCUGCCCGAGGAGAAAACCUUCGUCACUGAAACACAAGUGAUUCGAGAGACUCUGUGGCUUUUAUCAGGUGUGAAGAGGCUUUUUAUAUUUCAGCACCAUGAUGGAAAAAUCGGCGUGAGGAACGACGUAGUGGUCACACACUUAACCAACGACUGCUUGCGCUCCGUCCUGGAGCACGUCGCGGCGUACGGCCAGGCCGUGUUCCGUCUCCAGAAGUUCAUAGAUGAAGUGAGCGGUCACAGCACGGAGCCGUGUCCUCCAGGCCUCGGCACUUCCUGCUCUUCGUCCUCCAAGAAGAGCUCGGAGCCUCCGUUCAGGACCUACCAGGCGUUUGUGUGGGCGCUGUACAAGUACUUCAGCAGCUUUAAGGAGGAGCUCGCUGCUAUCGAGAGAGACAUCAUCAGCAAAGAUGAGACAGUGACUUUAUCAGCAGUGUUAGAGCGGCUCAGCCCUCACCUGGCUCAGAUCACUGUGCUGCACAGGGUUUUCUGCACAGGCGUGGCCGAGGUCCCUUCUGGCACUCCUGACGUGGUCCGAGCGUCACACCUCCUCAACACCCUGUACAAAGCCAUCAUCGAGUACGACAGUGUCGGAGAAGCUUCAGAACAGGCGGUGGCGCUGCUCUUCUCUCUCUGGGUGGAGACGGUCAGGCCGUACCUCGAGAUCGUGGACGAGUGGAUCGUUCACGGUCACUUGUUUGACCCGGCGAAAGAGUUUAUAAUCCAGAGGAACAAGGACGUACCGGUGAACCACAGGGACUUCUGGUACGCCACCUACACCCUGUACAGCGUGUCAGAGGCCGUGGACAGCGAGGAGAGGCUGAGCGACACGGCCAGCGGCAGCUCAGGAGGAGAUCAGAGCUCCAGCAGCAGACAAAACACCAUGGUGUCCUUCCUCAAACCCGUCCUCAAGCAGAUCAUCAUGGCAGGGAAAUCCAUGCAGCUGCUCAAGAACCUGGACUGUAAAGAAGCCGAGCAGGCUGAAGGUUCCUCCAGAGAUGCAGAGAGGAAAAGUCUGUACACUCUCUUCCUUGAGUCGGUGCAAACACGUCUCCGCCGUGGAGAAGAUUCACCCACGGAUACAGUAACCGAGCAACAAGCCACCAAGAGGAGUCUGAUUAAGAUGCAGUCCAUCGUAGCACGUCACCUGGAACUGGAUGACGUUCACGAUCCGCUGCUGGCCAUCAACUUCGCCAGGUUGUAUUUGGAGCAGAAAGACUUCCAUGAGAAGUUCUCCGGCGCCGACGUGAUCGUGGAUCGGUCGUCUGAGUCGGUGACGUGUCAGACGUUCGAGCUGACCCUGCGCUCAUGUCUGUACCCACACAUCGAGAGGAGAUACAUCGAGUGCUGCGGGAAUCUCAUGAGAACACUCAAGAAGGACUACAGGCUCCUGGGAUACCUCCAGGCCAUGAGGAACUACUUCCUGUUGGAAGCAGGUGACACCAUGUACGACUUCUACACCGCCAUCUUUGACAAGGUUCUGGAGAAGGAGAGCUGGCAGCAGCUGGCGUUCCUCAACGUGCAGCUGCAGGAAGCUGUGGGACAGCGCCGCCCGGAGGAUAGCAGCCGAUUGUCGAUCUUUCUGGAGUCGAUCGAGCCUGCGAAGAAAAAGCAGCCGAUCAAUAACCUGGAUGGUCUCACGCUGAGCUAUAAGGUUCCGUGGCCUGUGGAUAUCGUCAUUAGUUCAGAGUGUCAGAAAAUCUACAAUCAAGUCUUUCUGCUGCUUCUACAAAUCAAAUGGGCCAAAUACAGUCUGGACACGCUGAGAUUCAGCGAUCUGACCGUAGCCGCGAAACGUCACGAAGCGAGUCCGGCCGAAGAGCUCGCAGCCAAGGAGCCGAUACAGCAGCAGAUCCACAGGAUGUUUCUCCUGAGGGUCAAACUCAUGCAUUUUGUUAACAGUCUUCACAACUACAUCAUGACCAGAAUCUUACACAGUACAGGCUUGGAAUUUCAGCACCAGGUUCAGGAGGCGAAAGAUUUGGACCAGCUCAUAAAGAUCCACUACAGAUAUCUGUCCACUAUCCACGACCGCUGCCUUCUCAGAGAAAAGGUGAGCUUCGUCAAAGAAGCCAUCAUGAAGGUCCUUAAUCUGGUUCUCAUCUUCUCUGACCGAUGGCAGGCUGGCUUUGGGGCGUGGAAGAUCGAAUCGAUCGACAAAAUGGAGUCGGAUUUUAAGAACUGUCACAUGUUCUUGGUGACCAUCCUGAAUAAAGCCGUGUGUAGAGGAUCGUUUCCUCACCUGGAGUCUCUCGCUCUGUCUCUGAUGGCCGGCUUCGAGCAGUGUUAGACCUCUUCUCGCCACCAGGGCGGCGCUGUAAUACCGCAUGUGUUCGGCGUGUGGAAACGUCCGAGUGGACACCACAGAGGAGGAAGUGUGUUCACACGUUUGUUCUCUCCGUUUAGAGCUCAGCUUUCAACAGAUCGUUUUUUUCAAGCCGUCGAACACGAAUGGACUUAAACUGAAAAUUAGUUAAUGCAGCAAGACAUUUUAACAGAUGGUCAGUGUGAUGUACAGUACAGUGGUGUUGGUGUGCAGUAACCUGGAUGUAUACAUCAGCUCAUUACUAGCUUUGUUGAUGUUUCUGCGCAAUAAAUGGGUUGUUAUGUGCAA